AUGACUACACGUCGUACUAGAAAAUGGCUUUAUGUAAAAGAACGUAAAGCAAAAUUCGCUGCUCGACAAACAACACGUGCAGAAAUUUUACAUGUUGAAGAAGAAGGGUAAAAUUAUUAAACAAAAAUAAAAC